AUGGCUUUCUACAUUCCCCGAAAGAAGCAAUACCACCUCUUUGAUUGCACUAUCCUGAAGAACCCGACGACUUUUGCCAUUCCACAACACCCGACCACUCUCGCUCGCCCGCUCCACGACGCCCCGACCACUCUCGCCCGCCCGCUCCACGACGCCCCGACCACUCUCGCCCGCCCGCUCCACGACGCCCCGACCUCUCGCCCGCCCGCUCCACGACGCCCCGACCUCUCGCCCGCCCGCUCCACGACGCCCCGACCACUCUCGCCCGCCCGCCCGCCCGCUCCACGACGCCCCGACCACUCUCGCCCGCCCGCCCGCCCGCUCCACGACGCCGCGACCACUCUCGCCCGCCCGCUCCACGACACCCCGACCACUCUCGCCCACUCUCGCCCGCCCCGCUCCACGAUGCCCCGACCACUCUCGCCCGCCCGCUCCGCGACGCCCCGACCAAUCUCGCCCGGCCACUCCACGAAUCCAGGACCACUCUCGCCCACCCGCUACACGACACCCCGACCACUCUUGUCCACCCGCUCCACGACGCCCCGACCACGCUCUCCCGCCCGUUACACGACGCCCCGACAACUCUCGCCCGCCCGCUCCACGACGCCCUAA